AUGGGGUGGAUUACUACACUGGACAAAGAAAUGGCGGCCGCGCGAGCAAUGCUAGAUGAGGAGCACAGCUUCCCGCAGGAUUACCAGUUCAACAAUAAUAUAUAUACCCUGGGGCGCAUUGGAACGCAUAAUAUCAUCCUCACCUAUCUCCCAGAUGGCAAGAUGGGCACGACGACGGCCGCAAUCAUUGCUCAACAGAUGUGCCUAACGUUCCCCAACAUUCACAUCAGGCUAAUGGUGGGCAUUGGGGGCGCUGCGCCCAGUGCAGCCCAUGAUAUUCGGCUGGGGGACGUGAUUGUCGGCACCCCAUACCAGGGACAGUCCAGAGUGAUUCAAAAUGACUUUGGGAAGCGCACCGACAGCAGCAAGAUCCAUAUCAUGUCAGCGUUAAAUCGACCCCCAGAUGUUCUUUUACCGGCUGUCAACAGCCUCAAAGUCCAAGCAUCUCCUCUUUGGCGUCGGCUUAACCCGUCGGACUAUAACUAUCUGAGCCAUCAAGGAACAUGUGCUCUACCGCGACCAACCGCUGCUCCAAUAAUUCAUUAUGGUCUUAUUGCCUCGGGCAAUCAGGUAAUGAAACAUGGACCUACACGCGAUCGCAUCCAAGCGGAACUGGGGAUCCUGUGCUUCGAGAUGGAGGCGGCGGGAUUAGUGGACAUUUUCCCCUGUUUGGUCAUCCGUGGGAUCAGCGAUUAUGCCGAUUCGCAUAAGAACGACCGCUGGAGAGGGUACGCGGCGGCGGUAGCCUCUGCCUACGCAAAGGAGCUUCUUGGUGCAGUACCAUCUACGCUCCGGAUACACCAACAGACCUAG